AUGUCAAAUGAUAUUUCAAAAGCUCAGUUGUUGGUUUGUUUUAAGAAGAUCAAUGCAUAUAAUUAUAUAUGCAAAAAAUUUAAUAAACCUUACAAGACACCGAAUGGAGGUAUUGGGAAUUUGAAAACUCAUUAUGCUACACACUUACAAGAUGUUUCUGAUAAAGUUGUUCCUGGAAAAAGGAAAUCUCAAACGGUUUUACCGUUUCCGAGUGAUACAUAUGUGGUAGAGUGUCUUCCCACGUCGCCGACUCUCAAUUCGCCGACACCCCAUUUCGCCGACUAUUUUUUACAUGUUCCCAAUUUGCCGAUUCCCAAUUCGCCGAAUAUAAAUAUUAUAUAA